AUGAAGUAUAGCAGUCUUGUAGCUUGGGAAGCUUGGGCAAUUAACAAGAAAGGUCCUUAUCACUCUGUUGGAGGCGGAGCCCUACAGGAUGAGAAGGACUCCAACAAGCCAGUGGCAAGCCACACCUCAGCAAAUCAGGGGAGAUCUUUUGUCUCAGCAUCUAAUGUGGCCAAGAGUGUGCUGACCAUCCAGCUGGUGAAGAACUGCUUUGUGUCCGACUAUGACCCCACCGUUGAAGAUUCCUGCCAUACCCAGUUGGUGGUGGAUGGCAAGACCUGCCAGAUGGACAUCAUAGACAGCACGGGCAACGAGGAGCAGCUGGCCCAGCGCCAGGAGUUCAUGCACCGCGGGGAGGGCUUCCUCUGCAUGUAUGCAGUGGACGACAUCAAGUCCUUGGUGGAUGUGAACAUCUUCUGUGACCAGCUGCUCGAGGUGAAGGACGCUGACCGUGCUCCCUUUAUCCUUGUGGACAAUAAGGCCGACCAGACCGAUGGCCUGGCGACCCCGGAGCUGGGUCCGGAAGUGGCCGAGAGCUUCACAGUCCCUUUUGUGGAGACCUCGGCCAAGAUUCGGAAAGGUGUGGAACAGGCCUUCCAGGAGAUGGUCCGAGAGAUGCGGAGGCCCCGCAAUGAGGAGCCCAAACGGCAGCCUGAUACUGGGCAGAAUGGUGGCUGCCGCUGUGCAAUCCAGUGA